AUGUCAUCUCUAACCGACGCCGAUUGCGAGAGGAUAUCUGCAGAACUUAUGGCUAGCGGCAUGUCGAAAGCUGGCUAUCCCAGCUCCAACGACGACACGUCUCACCACCAGCCCCGAGACAUAGAACAGCUCCUUCCCGACUUAGCAAGCAUAGACAGAGACCGCGAAUGGAGGCUCAAGCAAAUGGAGCAAGAGGUAGAGGAACCAGAACGUAUUCGCCAAAACCAACCACGUCCAACCGCCGCCGAACUCAUCAAAGCGAUUCAAGAGAUCGACUUCCUUAACGAAGAAUCGCGCGAAAAGGUCUAUUACAUACGGCGUUGGAUAGAGAAUGGCGCACUCAAACUGGGAAUGCAUUGCGACUACCACUUCUGCUUAGUACCCGAUGGCUAUGACCAACUGAUGUACGAGGAUGAAGACGUGGACUGGGACGAUCAACGCGAGUGGCCGGAAUUCACAAACAUACUUGGUAUCAACAUAUGGAAGACAGCAUCCGAUGCCGAGACCGCAGGAGUCCAGCCCAAGGGCAUUGAACUAGAUCAAUCUGGUCUCACGAACGAGUCCAGAGGCAACGACGCCACGGGCUUUGUGUUUAUGCAGCUGGGCCGGGUGUUUCAACUUCAGGAUUGUCACGUGGAAAGUAACAAGCAAAGGGCCGAAAGGAACGAAAGGCAGAUAUACUGGUCUGACUCUGGCUUCGUCCUCGUCGUCGCUAUCGAGGAGAAUGGAAGAGCAGGAGCGCCGUGGUUGGUGUGUAACUUCAAUCCAGAAAAUGAGAUUGAAGGCGGUCGCAUCAAGCUCCCACAAUCAAGCCGGGACUGUGGCGAUACUUUGGGUGACGGUGUUCAGUAUAAGGCUCUCAAGAUUGCGGACGAUAUUGAGGAGCUCAAACAAGGCAAGGCAUGGGAUGUUACGAUGAAGUUUGGCAGCGAGUCUGACAUACAAAUCGUACCCGCCGUCUUUGAUGGGAAGGGGAAAGAGAAAAGGCUCUUGCGACACAAGGUUCGCAAGGAAGAGCUUACGGAAUGGGUUGAGGUCUAA